AUGAGGGAAUUCGGCAGCGACAGCUACGAGGUGCGCGAUCUGCUGGUGAACAUCCAAGAAGUCACGGCAUCCUAUGGAGCCUUUGCGGCGCUUCGCGCAGAUGGUCAACUGGUUUCCUGGGGAAAUCCUCUCUACGGAGGCUGCCACAGUCCCGCGGUCCGCGCCAAGCUCCGCGACGUGUCUUCGGUCUGCGCCUCGGCCGAAGCCUUCGCCGCACUCCGGCACGACGGCUUCGUGGUGACCUGGGGACAUCCCGAGUCGGGCGGAUGCAGUGGACCGGUGCAGGACCAGCUGCGAAACGUGAUUGCGCUGAGCGCCUCGUAUGGCGCUUUCGCAGCGCUUCGGAGUGAUGGCCGGGUCGUGACAUGGGGCGAUGAUACGUUUGGUGGUGACAGUAGCGCCGUUCGCGCUGAACUUCAGGAGGUGGUGGCAGUGGAAGGUUCCCAAGCAGCUUUUGCAGCUCUGCGCGCCGACGGCUCCGUAGUCACCUGGGGCCGCUUCGUGCCGCCGAUGACGAUGCCGGCGCCGACGGCUCCGUCGCUGCGGCGGCUGACGGCGUCCUCGAAGGCCUUUGCGGCGACGACGCUGGAGGGGCACGUGAGCUGUUGGGGCGAUGCUGAGUUUGGGGGCGAUUGCAGCAUGGUGCAGGACCAGCUGAGUGGAGUGGAAGAGCUUCACGCCACGCAUGGGGCCUUUGCUGCGAUCUUGAAGAGUGGCCAGGUGGGGGAGAAAACUAGAUGGCUGGAGAUCGGAUGGCACCAUGGAGGAGGACCGGCCAGCAUGCCGAUCAUCGGCACUUCGAAGGACUGGCUUCAGGAGUCCUCUUCGAGUUUGCAGCAUAUGAUGAUCAUCAUAGACAACAAGGGCGAGUCCUUGGCUGUGUUACAGGAGGACGGAUACUACGAGUACUGGUUCCAGAACCUACAUGGCAGAUUGGAAGAUUCACCGGUCACAUUCUUCCACUUCUGCGACGUCCCAGUGCGCGCCUGUCGCAGCAGCACGGCCUUCAGAAAUCCCCUCCAUGUGGAUGUGUUCAGACUUGUGACGGCUACCCAAGCAGAUCGAUUGAGCUGGCUCACAGACCCCCAGAAGGCGCUGAUCAGAGCUCACCCUGCCGUCAUUGGGGGUAAGGAUCCUCCUGGGCAUGGGGAUGUUCCUGUGCCUAGGGAACCCGAACCUCCACGCGGUAUGGGUGAUGCUGUGCAAACGGGGCGCGAUGGUAUUGAGGGGCUGGCCAGGGCCCUUGGAGGAGGGGCUGAUGCCGUCAAGCAACCGGACCUUGGUGACGGGGAGUCCUCUGAACGACGCCGGCGCCGAGACAAACAAAAGAAGAGAGAUGGAAGAGAGCGCAAGAAGCUGCAGUCUGAGGAGCAGGAAGGUGAACGUAAGAAAGCUCGCAAGGACAAGGGUGAUCGUGAGCUGAAGUCAGCUGGAGAUGAUCUUCGCCAGGAGCUCAUGCAAAAGUCUCCUCCUGAGCCACGGCUCUCAGCCCUGGAGCUUCAUGGUGGUCAUAAGAAGAAGAAAAAGGAUGACAAGAAAAAGAAGAAAGCCAUAAGCUCCAGCAGUGAGAGCAAGAGGAGGCGCAGCCCAUCAACGAGCUCCUCAUCAGGCGAGCUUUUUCGUUCAGCCGCCCUUCCCAGAGGCAUGGAACGUCUCCGCCGCACACACCAGAAGCAGCCGGGCAAGCUAGCCUCGUUGAGCCUGCAGCGCAUGCAGGAGUUGGUGAUGCAGGCGCAGGGAAGGGGAACGGCGUUGGAGCACAAGGACAGCCUUCCAGCAGUGGGCACAAGCUACCUGGCAGGCGUGUUUCAAGCACAGCAUCCACCAGGGACGGUGGGAGUGCGCACACUCAGAGAAAUGAAGACAGUGGCUCAGGUGAUCGACCUGGUUUGCCUCAACGAUCCACUUCGGGCCUUGGACGUCCUAGUGCAGCGGUUCAAAGCCCUGGAACUGGCGCACAAGCAGCAGUCAUGGGUCCAGGCGGCACAGUUGGAGCUGGUGCUGGACGACAACAUGACGGCAGUCUUCAGACCGGAAUUGAAGGCCGCACAGAUGGAGGUGAGGGAGGAGUUGAAGAUCCAGCGAGGCCCUGCGCGCCCACAGCGGCCCCAGCAGGCAUGGACCUCACAAUGGGCCCCCGACAACACGACCACAGAAGGAAAAGGAGAAGGAGACACGAAGGUGACGCUGAUUGAAGGGCGCCUGAGCCUGCCUGCCCUAGAUUUGGCCCUUUGUCAGCCUGAGCUGGAGGGGCCUGUCAGAGUCAAGUUCAAUGAGUUGCUCAAGGAUCCGAAAUUCCACACGCUGUAUGGUGGCGUCUUGGGCUGCUAUGAGAGCCUGGACGACAAAAGGCAAGUCUAUCAGGAUAUCACAUCUUUGAUGGUUGAAUGGAGUGAUCAUUCAACUGAAGUCAUCUUGAAGCUCUUGGAGAAAUAUUACGCCCCUCUGACCCAAGAGGGUGGCAUGGAAGGGGACCCUGCCUUUGUGAGGGUGGCGUUGAGUCACCGUGGAGACCGUGCUCGAGACAAGCCGGGCCGAUAUCAACGUGCUCAAGAAGGCAAACUUCUUGGAGUCGUAGGGACAACACAGGUGCGUGAAAUUUUCUCUGGUUGGGAUGCUUUCGAUGGCGGAGCGUACGUGGGCGAUGGAAGUGAAAUGUUUCCCGCGUCUAUCUUCAGAGAGAACUAUGCUGACAACAUAGCUGUCGAGGAUGCAGCCCGAGUGUUGGAUGGCAGGGCAGUCUAUGUGGACCCUGGAGGUUUUUCAGCAGCUACGGAGAUCAUUGAGAAGUUCACUAUCAGCGGCAAAAAGAAGACCUGGACAUGGGAAACUUGUCAACGUUUUCUAUCUGAGCAGUUGAGCGAUGAGGUGUCGGUCUCCUUCAUCGGGGUGGCGCUCAAGCAGGUCCUGCGGCGCUGCCCUGGGCAUCUGGGAAAUCUGAUUCGAAUGAUGCCAGCCUGCGCUAGACGGCACUUUAGACAGACGCCUGUCGAGCUGCUCCCAAUUGCAAUUCCUGAGGACAGUCAGGUCGAGCUCCGGCUGCAGCGAUUGCUUGUUGAUGACGAGGGUCCUAGACCUGUGGUGGCCUCGGAGAGAGCCCUGAUGGAUGAGCUUGCCAGGGAAUGUGGUGCCGAUGCAUGGUUGGGAUUGAUCCUGGCCGUGCUCAAUUCCAUGUUCUGUGGCGGCUCAAGACCAUUGGGAAAGGUCAUGCCACACCCAAGGACUUGGACCCCAGAGCAAGAGGCAGUGAUCAAGCACCUGAAGGAGAUGAUCGGGCUAUGGCUGGACCAUGACGAGGCCAAAUUGAAGGUGACCAACUGGGAGGUCCAGUCGCAGGCUUUGGGUGACUUCUACACAGGUUUUGAAGUUACAAAGGCAUACAAGCUGACCUGGGCUGCCAUUGCGCCUCAUGUGCCUGGACCAGGCGAAGCUGGACGGGUUGAGCUAUCUGAGACUGUAGACCCAGGACUGAGGGAUUUUGUGAAUGAUCCCGAGCUUCUCCGCAUACCUGAUGAUGAACUUGGUGAUGUCCGGUACUCCGCGCCGGUGUUGGUGGAGUCCAGCACAGAAUAUGACUUGAUCGUCAAGAACCUGGUGGAGUCAGGAAUGCUUGAACGUGAGGAUGCACACGAGACCGUGCGAGUCCGUGGCACCCCUGUGUACAAUGGGAUGUUUGGAGUCCACAAGGGCUGGAUUAACCAUGGCAACAACCAGUGGUCACGAUCGCUGCGGCUCAUUAUCAACCUCAUCCCCACAAACUUGCUGCAAAGACGCAUGCCUCAACAAGCAUCAAAAUCCAUGGGGUAUGCCCCAAUGUGGGGGAGCAUGGUCCUGCUCAAUGACGAGCUGAUAUUGGCCUAUGGUGAGGACAUCAGACACUGUUUCCAUGUGUUUGCACCGGGACCAAGAUGGCGAGGAUACUUUGUCAUCUCAAAGGAGGCCAGUGGCGCAAGCUUUGGAGAUGGCAUCUGCAAGAAAGGCCGUCCCCGGGUGCGCUCAGCCCCGAUGGGGUGGGCAAACAUAGUGGACUUUGUGCAGUCCUCACUUGAAAGGAUGGGCACCCUUGGCGGAAUCCCGGCCGCACAGUGUGUGAAAAUGGGUGAGCCAUCCCCCUUGCUGGAAUUGGCGACUCCCCGUCAUUACCACAGCUUUUACGUCGACAACUAUGACGGCUUCACCGUGAUUGCCAACACCGACCUGGGGCAGUAUGAAGGCAAGCCGUCGGAUGCCCAGCUCAAGCUCAGGGAGAUCUUCAAGGUCUGGAACAUCGGCAGGGAUGAAAAGAAGGCAGCUGAGGGGACCUUGAACUGGUCAAGCCUUGGUGCAGAGCAGCUGGGCAACGAAGGCCUGGUUGGGAGCACCAGAAAAUUCCGGAAAGCUGUCCUGGCGGCGGGCCUGAACCUCUUGAUGAAUGAGGACUUGAGAACCAAUGAUUUGGAGCUGCUGUCGGUGGUCGGGAAAUGCAUGCAUGCAGUGCAAUACUGCCGUCCACUGGCCUGCUGCUUCGAUGAACUCUAUCGGAAUCUUCGAGUGGAUGACCCCACUGUGCUGAUCGACAUGGGAGGCUUUGAGGAGUUGAUGAUGCUGAUGGCAUUGCUCCCUUUGCUGUGGACUAGCCAGAGGGCAGCCUUGAAUGCUUCAGUAUACGCUACAGAUGCGUCACCUGAGGGUGGGGGAGCAUGCCAGACAACAUGCUUGACGGCAAGGGGCAAGGCCAAGCUGCACCUUGCCUGUGCGGAAAAAGAUGACAUGGAGGGGCGAGCCUGUGAUUCAUUGCUACUCAUUGAAGUUUUUGGCGGCAUUGGAGGUCUCCGUAAGGCAAUCGAGCUUGUCGGACUUCUGCCGCAAGGCAUCAUACUGAUUGAUUCGGACCCCAUCUGCCAGAAGUUGGCAAAGAAACACUGCGCCUACGUGAUAGUGGUGGACAACGUGCAGAAGGUGGACAAGAACAUGGUGAGGACUUGGCGACUGCAGUUUCCCAGAGCAAAGCGUGUGUUGAUUGGAGGGGGGUGGCCCUGCAUCAACCACUCAUCUCUCAACAGCAACCGACUGGGAGCUGAAGCAGCCUCCUCAAGAUUACUUGACGACAUGUUGGGCAUUGUCAAGGAGCUGAAAGCUGUCAGCCGCCCGCUCCGGCUGCCGGAUUGGGAGGUUCUGGAACUCUAUGAAAAUGUGGUGAUGGACCAGGCUGAUCUGACAACUCAAUCUCAAAAGAUUGGCGCUCUCCCGGUGAUGUGCGAAGCUGCUGAUGCUCUUCAUUGCCGACGGCCCAGGCUCUUUUGGUUGAAAGGGAUCCCAUUGCUCGAAGGAUGCGAUCUUCAUCUCUUGGAGAACCAACAAGUCGGAGAUUUGGAUACCAAACUGAAGGUGGUAAAGCUUACUACCAGUAAGCCUCCCUUAAACUGGUUCCUCCGCAAGGACUGCAUGAAGAUGAUCAACGAUGGCCGACCCUUCUUCACAUUCGCCAGGCCGUUCCCACGCGCUGAGCCGCCUGCAAGCCCAGCAGGAUACGACAGGUGUGAUACCAAGACCCUUGGAAGGUGGCGAGGAGAUGGUUACCCCCUCCCUACCUACCAGUAUUCGGAGGACAACCUCGUCCGAUCUCCACAGGGAUGCCGGCGUCUCUUAUCCGAUGAGCAACUGCGAUUGCUGGGUUACAACUCGGAUGCCCUGGACUUCAAGCAGAAGCUCACAGAAGAUCAGCGGCAGCAGCUCAUCGGCAACACUUUUCCAGUGCUGAUCGUGGCCCGCCUUUUGGCAGCUUUGGGACUGGCGGCUAGCCAGACCAGCCAAUCAGAUCUCACUGCCUUUCUCUGGCAGGUGUGGCGUGACAGCGAAGAUCGGAUUCAACAACUCAAAGAAGCCUCUUGGUCUGCGCGCUUUGGGCCAGGGUCUGCGGGGGCUGGGGGGGGCCUCCGGCGUCUACUCCAGACGUCUGGAAGCUCCUCGCCUUCUCCGCGGUCCUUGCUAGACCCUCAGGAGGCGCUUACAGAUGAACAGCUGCUGGUAUACCUGAUCACACGGCAUGUUUCACACCGUGGCACAGACGCCAACCUGGAUCACGGAAUCCCUUUUUCUGCAAGUGACUUUUGCAGGCGGUCGGUGGACCCAACCCACUGGGAGUGGAAGGUGGUGUUAUCGUACAAGUGGAAGCAACCGAAUGCGCACAUCAGUCAGCUGGAGACGGUGGCUGUGUUGGAUCUGUGGCGCAAACUGUGCCGCUCACAGCCGAACUUCCACAAAAAGACCCUGCUCCUGGUGGAUAAUGCCCCUGUGGUGGGUAUCCUCACCAAAGGCCGCACGAGUUCAUACAGCCUUCGCCAACCUCUUCGUCGACUUGCUGCCAUUUUGGUAGCCACCAACUCCCGCUUGAUCGUUGCCUGGGUGAAGUCGGAGUGGCUUCAUGCUGCAUGGGGUCGUGCUGAGCUACCGUGUCGAGCACCUCCCUUUACCCCUCUCAUUCUUUAUGCCAUCGCGCAAGCCGCCGCUGACUUGGGCUGGACUGACCUUGCAGUGCUUCUUAUCCUCGGCUUUCACACUUUCGCUCGAGCCGGAGAACUCUUUCAAGCACGAGCGGGUGACUUCCUGUUGGGUUCUCGCUCUGGUACCUGGACGUUACCUUUGUCAAAAUCCGGGCAACGGCAAGGCGUGGCUACGGGUACUUGCUUGCGUGUUGGGCGCUGGGGGGACUUUGGAGGCUCCAGACGUCUGGUGGUUUUGGAUGUUCUUGGUGUCUUCAUGUCUGUGGCUACGGGUACUUGCUUGCGUGUUGGGCGCUGGGGGGACUUUGGAGGCUCCAGACGUCUGGUGGUUUUGGAUGUUCUUGGUGUCUUCAUGUCUGUGGUCACUUGGGGACAUGCAGACUAUGGUGGUGACAGCUCCAUGGUGCAGCAGCAGCUGAGCAAUGUGCUUCACGUGCAGGCUUCCUUUGGCGCCUUCGCUGCUAUCACAGGUGAUGGACAGGUCGUCACCUGGGGCGAUGCCGACUCCGGAGGGGACAGUCGUGCUGUCAAAGAACAGCUGCAAAAGGUCCAAUGA